GAUUCCCAAAGUGUGGUACGCACACCCCCAGGGGUACGCGAGCUGCCACCAGGGGGUGCGCGAGAGGAAAAAUGUAAUGGCGGUCUGUUUUUUUAAGUAAGAUUUUUCCAUUCAAUAAAAAAAAAAAUCAUGAACAGUAAACAUUUCCUUUGUAAUCGCUUUUAUUUUAAAUAAAAAAAAACUAUAAUUUAUUAGUUUUUGAUAAAAACGUAGAAGAAGACAGCUGAUGUCUUCUUCUACGCACUUCUCUUCUUUUAUGCACUGACUGCCGCUAUAUGCGCGCCAAAUCGUUUCAUUCAUUCCAUACAAAUACUAUAUAUAUUAUAAAUAUGCUUAACUGGCUGAAAUCAGGGAAACUGUCAAGUGGGACUUCUUGUGAUAAAGUUGUUAGUCACGAAGGGGGAGAGGGACCAAGAGAGAGUGAGGAUUUGGAGGCAACAGAGACGGAGAGAAUAGAGAAAGAAAAUGAGCGGGAGUCCGAAGAUGCGCCGGCGGAAACCGAAGAGGAGGGAAGGAGAUGGCAAAAAAGAGGUGAUGAGAGUGAACACCAGACGGGUAAAAAAAGAAGGAAAUAUGAUGACAAUUAUCUGGGUCUGGGCUUCACUUGGAUCGGCGAUACAGAUUGCCCGAAACCUCAGUGCGUGUUGUGCAGUGAAGUUUUAGCAAACAGCUGUCUGAAGCCGUCUUAUCUCUGUCGUCACCUGCACACGAAACAUGGCAAUUUAAGUCAAAAGCCCCUUUUAUUUUUUAAAGCAAAGUUGGAGGAGUUGCAGAAAAGCCAAAAAAAAAUGCAGUUUCAUUCAUGCGUUGGGUCUACGAAAGACGCAUUACGGGCUUCAUAUCUGCUCAGUUACAGAGUAGGGAGAAAGGGGCUGCCGCACACAAUCGCCGAAGACGUGUGUUUGCCAGCGGCCAAAGAGAUGGUGGAGUGUAUGAUUGGAGAGAAAGAGGCAAAAAAGUUGGACAUGAUUCCUGUGUCCAAUAACACUGUGUCGCGCCGCAUUGAUGCCAUGGCUGAAGACAUCCUGGCUACACUAGUCAGCCGUGUGAAGAAAAGUGAGUUUUACUCUCUGCAAGUAGACGAGUCUACAGAUGUUGCAAAUCUGGCCAAUCUUCUUCUGUAUGUCCGUUACCAUUUUGAAGGAACAGUACAAGAAGAUUUUUUGUUCUGUCGGCCCCUUGCUACCCGAACAACAGGGCAGGAAAUCAGCUGGUUACACUGCAGUAUUCACAGAGAGGCCCUCGCAGCCAAAAACAUGCCAGCUGAUCUACUUGCAGUGCUGAACGACGCAGUCAAACUGGUGAACUUCAUUAAAGCUCGUCCGCUAAAUUCACGAAUAUUCACACUGUUAUGUAAUGAGAUGGGCAGUGAACACAAAUCACUGCUGCUGCACACAGAGGUGCGUUGGCUGUCCCGCGGCAAAGUGCUGACAAGGCUCUUUGAACUCCGGCACGAAUUGCAGCAGUUUUUUGAGGAGAAUCCGUUUCAUUUGGCCUCCAGUAUGCAUGACGAAGAUUUUCUGAAAAGGCUCGCCUAUCUAGCGGACAUCUUCUCAGCUCUGAAUGAACUCAAUCUAAGUCUGCAGGGAGUCAGUGUAACUGUGUUCAACACACAAGACAGGAUUGAGGCCAUGAUAAAGAAGCUACGGUUCUGGGCGAGUUGUGUGAGUGGGAACACACACCCGUGUUUCCCUACGCUUCACGAGUUCUUAGGGGAAAAUGACAUGGACCUGGGUGAGCAUGUAAAAAGUCUCAUAAUUGAACACCUCAACCAACUCGCCGAGCAGCUACGGAAACACUUCCCACCUAUGGACACAUUUCGCGCUUGGAUUCGCAAUCCAUUUGAAGUUUCCCUGCCCGUCCCACAGCUGUCAUUUCACGAGCAGGAGCAGCUGAUCGAGCUGUCAUCUGAUGGAGCACUGCAGUUACAGUUCAAACGAAAGCCACUUGUGGAUUUUUGGACCGAGUCACUGAAAUCAUACACAGUCUUGGCAAAGCAAGCCUUGAGAGUUUUGAUGCCCUUUGCCACAACUUAUCUCUGCGAGGCUGGUUUCUCUGCUAUGGCAGCAGUUAAAACUAAACAUCGGCAAAGACUGGAUGCUGUUGAGAAGGAAUUGAGGCUUAAACUGUCUUCCAUUGCGCCAAACUUCGGAGAGCUUUGUGCCAAGAUGCAAGCCCACCCGUCGCAUUAA